AUGCUGCCAAUUUUGCGUGCGAUUAGGGUGAGAUGGGCCAAGUGGUUAGAGCGCGAAUUUACUGACCGGAAGGUCCGUGGUUCCAAUCCGACCUCCGCCACUCGACUUCCCCUGUCUAAGCUUGGGCAACUUGGCAGUAUCACAGCCCUCGUGCUUCCUUCGGGUGGCAUGGCAGCUAGGCACCGGAAGGUGUUUGACCAUCGAUGUCUUCGGAGCAUUGUCCGAAUCUGGUGGGAACACUGGAUCAGCAAUUCUGAAGUACGUCGAGCGGUGUUCGGGAGAAAUAACUCACCCUCCAUAGAUGAACUGAUCACACUGCAUCGGUUGCGCUGGAUUGGCCACAUACUGUGUAUGCCAGUCGAACGACUUCCUCGAAGGGCUCUUUUCGCACAACCAUGUGAAGGGUGGAAGAGAACCAGAGGCGGUCAAACAAUAACUUGGCAGUGA